AUGGAUGUAUACCAAAUAGAGCUGGAGGCACAGGCACAAUUACGCUCCCAACUGCUGAUCGAUACUGCGGUCAAGAAUCUGGGGCAGCCAGAGGAGGAGCAGGAGGAGGCGGACGGAGAAGACGAAGAGGAGCUGCUGCAACAACAAGAAAACGACGAGGUAGACGACGACGAGCCGGAGGAGGACGAAUUGGAGGAAGACAACGAAGCAUUGCCAGAAGUCGGCUUCGAUGCCAAUUCAGAUUUCAAUUUGCAUUUCUUUGACACGCCCGAGGAUUCAUCGACGCAAGGCGGCUUUAGCGAAGCUGGCAGCCUAGACACCGAGCCAGAGGACGAACAGGAGCAGCAGCUCAGUGUGCAUCAGUUCGGUCCCGCCAGCAACAGUUGCAGCUCGGCCGGGGCACAUUCCUCGCCAGACAGCGGACGCAGCAGCGGCUGCAGCUCCAGCUCCAGCUCGGCCAACGUCUCAUCCUCAUCCUCAUCCUCAUCGUCGGCAUCCAAUGUUGGCAUUGUUGACUCUAGCAACAGCAGCAGCAACAGCAAUCACAACAACAACAACAACAACAGCAACAACAACGGCAACGGCAACGGCGUCUCCUCAAAGUCGUUUGUGCCGUGCAAAGUCUGUGGCGACAAGGCUUCGGGCUAUCAUUAUGGUGUAACCUCCUGCGAGGGUUGCAAGGGCUUCUUUCGUCGCAGCAUACAGAAACAGAUCGAGUAUCGCUGCCUGCGGGACGGCAAGUGCCUCGUGAUCCGGCUCAAUCGCAAUCGCUGUCAGUACUGCCGCUUCAAGAAAUGCCUCUCGGCUGGCAUGAGCCGCGACUCUGUGCGUUAUGGUCGCGUACCGAAGCGUUCACGUGAGCUGAACGGUGCAGCAGCAGCAGCAGUCGCCGCAACUGCCUCAGCAGCCAGCGGCGCGCCCCUAAAUGUGGAUGAAACCAGUGCCAAUAAUUUGCAUACAAAUCUAAUACAACAGCAGCAGCAGCAUCAACAACAACAACAACAGCAGCAACAGCAGCAACAGCAGCAGCCGCAUGCGAGCAGCGUGCGCGUAAACACACCAAGUACACCACAAACGCCACAAAUGUGUUCGAUAGCCUCGUCGCCAUCGGAGCUGGGCGGUUGCAAUAGUAGUGCCAACAACAACAACAAUAACAACAACAGCAGCAGCAGCAACAACAACAGCAGCAGUAAUGCAACAGCUGUAGUUGUGGGCAGCCAUCAUCAGCAAUUGGUUAACAUGGGCAGCAGCAGCGAUAUGGCCAUGACCCAGGUGGGCGUGGGCAUGUGCCAUCCCUCGAUCGAUCAUCACGACGGCCUCGCCGGCACAGCCAACGAGCUGACUGUCUACGAUGUGAUCAUGUGCGUCUCGCAGGCGCAUCGACUCAACUGCUCCUACACCGAGGAGCUGACACGUGAACUGAUGCGGCGACCCGUCACAGUGCCCCAGAACGGCAUUGUCACCACCGUGGCCGAGAGUCUGGAGUUCCAAAAGAUUUGGCUGUGGCAACAGUUCUCGGCGCGCGUGACGCCCGGCGUGCAGCGCAUUGUGGAGUUCGCUAAACGCGUACCUGGCUUCUGUGAUUUCACCCAGGACGACCAACUGAUACUCAUCAAGCUGGGCUUCUUCGAGGUGUGGCUAACCCAUGUCGCGCGCUUGAUCAACGAUACGACGCUGACGCUGGACGACGGCGCCUAUCUGACACGACAGCAGCUGGAGAUACUCUACGAUUCGGACUUUGUGAACGCCCUGCUGAACUUUGCCAACACACUGAACGCCUAUGGGCUGAGCGACACAGAGAUUGGUCUCUUCUCGGCCAUGGUGCUGCUGGCAUCGGACCGGGCGGGCCUCAGCGAGCCCAAGGUAAUCGCAAGGGCGCGCGAGCUGGUGGCCGAGGCGCUGCGUGUGCAGAUACUCAGAUCGAGGGCCGGGUCGACGCAGGCGCUGCAGCUGAUGCCGGCGCUGGAGGCUAAAAUACCGGAGCUGCGCUCGCUGGGCGCCAAGCACUUCUCACACUUAGACUGGCUGCGAAUGAACUGGACCAAGCUGCGUCUGCCGCCGCUCUUUGCCGAAAUUUUCGACAUACCCAAGGCGGACGACGAGCUGUAGAAGUUGGAGCAACGGCUCUGUGAACUGUACGUUUAGGUUAUAGAAUAUAGGCGUUAAACGACGAUGACAAAGAAGAAGAAGAAGAACAAAAUGGAGGAUGCAACCAACUCUGCAAGAAUUCAUAAUAUGAAAGAACAAACAUAGACCAUUCUAACAGAUACAAGAUACAAUUUACCAGAUACAAGAUACAUAGUUAACUACAACUACAACUACAACUACGACUACAACUAUAAAGUUAUGCAUUAGAUAUUGAGCAAUGCUUAAGACGUUCGCAAACAUUUUUAGCCAGACAUCCACACAGAUACAUAUACACACACACACUCUCACACCCACACACAGCUGCGAUGAUAGACCUUGAGAUACUUUUGGUUUCUUUUGUUACUUCUGCUUGAGCUCUUAGCCGUACAUAUCCCAUGCGCAACAUCAAGUUUUAUUUAUUUCAUUGAUCAAGCUCAUUAAAUCAUGCACGAUUAUCCUAGGUAAUCCUGAAACUCCACUCCCCCAACUCACUAUCUUUUGAAAAUGCAAAAACAAAACUGAAAAAAAACAAAUUUAAGAAAAUCUCGACUGAAGUUCGAAAAGUACUGUUUAAAUCUUUUUAUUUAAUUAAUUAAUAAUUAAAUAAAAAUUAUUGUAUGAUUAAACAACUACUUAUAAAUAUAUACAUAUAUAUCAAAUAUAUACAAUCUAUAUAUACUAUGUAAACCUAGUGGUAUCUAGUGUAGUUCAAGCAAAAAGACCCAAAACAUUUUCUUUGCUCGUUUUUAUUUUUAUUGUAAAUAAAUUUUAAAUUAAUUUUUAACACUUUCAUUAUUAUUUCUUUAAGUUAAGCUGCAUGAAGCUCUAGCUUGGAUUGUGUGAGAAGCGAUGGCAAUAAUCGAUUAUCGAUCACCGAUUAUCGACUAUCGAUCAUUGGAAACGUGUUCAUAUUGAUUUUAACAAAACA